AUGCAAUUUCAGUCGGCACUUGUUGGUGUUCUGUGUGCCCUCCACUUACUCAACCAGACACUCGCCUCCGCAACCCAACGACCGAUCUACGCGGUCGCACACCGAGUCCUACGAAACGAAGCAGUCACCGCUGCACUGUCUCACGGUGCCAACGCAUUAGAGGUUGACCUUACAGCCUGGUACUUCGACUGGUGGGCAGACCACGACGGGAAGCUAUUCACGGAGAGUCGCGGGUUUACGGUGAUCAGGGACUGUCUGAACGCAAAUGAAGCGGUCGUUUUGAGUGGCGAGACGAAUACUGUCCUCCACUUGUACAGUAGCACGGGGAAUGGUAUACCGGUCAAGCAGAUGGUUAUGGAUUUUGGUGAUUCGUGGCUGGGAAAAGGCGUCGACAUCUAUCCACAGCUUCGGUAUGGAAGUUGGAAGCGCGACCAAGGGAAACUUGGAAAGGUCUUUAGCUGGACUAGCGCCGAAGGCGAUACUGAAAUGGUGAGGUAUCUACUGGGUGAAGCUGGUAUUGAUGGGCUGAUUUAUGGAUAUCAAACCGAGGAGUAUAACGAUAAGAGUGGCCCGAAGUCUGCCCUGAAGGAUAUUGUCGACUUCGUCGAGACUCAUUCGGAUACUCAUCGAAUGGCCACUGAGGAUGAUACGCCUUGGUAG